CAAGCGCAUUGCCUCCCAGGCCCGUGCCGGCGAUCGCCGGGCCUCGGCCCGAGGCGGGUGCGCCUGCGCGGAGCCAAGGGGCGGGGCCCUCCGGCGUCCCGGUUGCCUGGAUACGUCGGUGGAACAAUUGCCGCGGGCGCUUCCGGGCGGUGGCUGGCGGGGGCAGUUGGCCCUCACUUUCCGAGGAGCCCGAGGAGGAGCGGCACACCCUGAUUCUUCCCAGCCUGGUCCCGGUCUGCGGAGAGCGAUGCCGCUUCCCGACACCAUGUUCUGCGCGCAGCAGAUCCACAUUCCCCCGGAGCUGCCGGACAUCCUGAAGCAGUUCACGAAGGCCGCGAUCCGCACCCAGCCCGCCGACGUGCUGCAGUGGUCCGCGGGGUAUUUUUCAGCUUUGUCCAAAGGAGACCCGCUUCCCGUCAAGGACAGAAUUGAGAUGCCCGUGGCCACUCAGAAAACAGACACGGGCCUGACGCAAGGACUCCUGAAAGUUUUGCACAAGCAGUGCAGCCACAAGCGGUAUGUAGAACUAGCGGAUCUCGAGGAGAAAUGGAAGAACCUGUGCCUGCCGGUAGAGAACUUCCGAGCGCUGUUGCAGCUGGAUCCUUGCAAAGACAAAAUCGAGUGGAUAAAAUUUUUAGCCCUUGGAUGCAGCAUGCUUGGUGGGUCGUUGAACAGUUCGAUGAAGCACCUGUGUGAGAUCCUCACUGCUGACCCCGAGGGCGGGCCGGCACGCAUUCCAUUUGAGACAUUCUCCUACGUCUACCGUUACUUGUCCAAGUUGGACUCGGACAUUCUCCAAGGGGACACGGAAACCUAUCUCGCCACUUUAAAGGACACUCUAGAAUCUAGAAAGAAUGGCAUGAUAGGACUUGCAGAUUUCUUCAUUCUGAAGAGGAAAGUUUAGAAAGCCUCGAGAAGAACCCUUAGAAGACAGAGGCCAUUAUUACAGAGAAGAACACUUUUUAAUGUCAAAUAGUGCUUUUUUAAAACAUCGGCACCAAAUACAGCUUGUCUUACAGCA